AUGAACAGCACCACCAACAAGCCUGGGCUACAGCGCCAUCUGCGAAAGAACAGCCAACCCUCGCCGACGUCCCCCUCUUUCCCCCGAUUCGGCCGUCAUCAUGAUCGCCCGCGGUAUAGUGACCCCUUCUCUCCAGUCGAGGUUCCUUCUGCGACCACUGGUUCCAGUGCAAGCCCUUCCAUCGAUGUGCAAGUUCCGUCCCCAAUCUUCGACGUGCAGGGAAUAUUUCCAGCGCCCGGUGAAACUGCUCCGGCGCAGAACAGAACGCGAGCAGAUUCUAGCAGAACAUCAGAAGAGAACAACGCUCGGAGACCACCUAUGCUUGUGGGUGUAGGCCGACCGUACACCAGCGACGCGGUCAAUACUCACAGCCAUUUCCCUACCACUGAGGGAUACCAACAGCAAGAUACUGUGUUGAGAGGCCCGGGCCCUGUCCCGAGUCCCAGGUUCAUCGCGCAUGCAGGCAGAAGCUCGUCAGAUUUUUCCCCUCGAAUGGCCGAGGGACCGUCGCCAGUCCUGCGUGGCUACAAUUACUCUCCACAGCUUUCAGGUCGAGCUUACAGUGAGGAUCCUUCCAGAGGUCCUGUACAGAAAAAGAGCAGGCUGAACCUGCUGAAUCCUAUGAGUCUCCUUGCUAGGCGCCGCACUUCCCAGAACCAGAAUGAGACCGCAGACUUGUCUGUCAAUACUAUGCAUGUACCAGCCAUGCCUGAGAAUUUCGACCCCAGAAUCCGCGGUACCAUUACCCAUGAUUUCUCUGCCCCCCGGUCCCGCCGCACCCCUUCGUACGGCGAUUCGUCUCAGAUGGACAAGUUUCGCAGCGAGAUGGGGCCAUACAGCGCCAGCAUGCACCCAGAUGCAUUCAGCCCCAGUCCAGGUCUACAGCCACCUACCAGUGGCCAAACGCCAGGCCACAGUCCAAUGUUCAAGGAACACUUUCAAGACGACCGACAAGCUCUUCGCCCAGGCCAAACCGCAUAUCUACAUAACGUUGCGAGCCAGAGUUCGACGAGCGCCCAAGAUCUGGAAGCAAACAUGCCAGUAUUUGCUAAGAAAUUGCCCAUCCGCCUUCCAGACCAACAAAAACAAGACACGCAAAACGAGCAGCACGCACCACCUGAUCUCGACCGACCAUUACCACAGCAUCCGCUGUCCCCACCACCGCCGCCCCCGCCGCCGAAGCAUACCCCCCCACUCCUGCCAGCAGAGCCAGAACGUCGACCACCCUCACCACCACAAUCAGAGCGUACUCCAACACCUCCUCUCAACGUCCCACCUGCUUCAACCCUGCCGAGGCAUAUGACCAGCACAUCAUCGCGCUUCAGCUUUCAGAUUGGAGGACAGGCAUCCUCAACCCAGGAGAAGUUGCUGGAGGAGAAGCAUAAGCAGUUCCAGGCCACUAAAAGAGUCAGUAGUCUCAGCCAGGGGUAUGGUAUGGACGAUGACUUCGAUGACUAUGACUUUGACGCAGAUGCUGGCAUGGAGGAGGAAAUUCCCGAAUCUGGCUUCAACGAUGACGACGAUGACUACGCACCAGUCGACCGAUCAAAGAUUGAGUGUUCAACAUCUGCACAGCGACAGCCUAUGCACCAAGUUGUGCAACCAAGUUGUCAGACGGAGGAUGAUGGAUUCUUCAACGAUGGUGAUCUAAUGGAGUUUGACCGCUCAAAGAUCGAGACGAUGACGUCUCCUCGAAGGGAACCUGAUUCACAAACAAUGCAGGCUGGCAAUGUCUUUGAUAGCGAGGACCACCCACGGUAUCAGCGGUCUAAGGUCAAGGACCUUACUUUGCUUCAAGGCCAACCCGUCCAGCAGUUCCAUUUCACUCCCGACUCCUUGACGUUCAGCCCAACCAGCAGCAACCAAGUCUCACAGCCUACGCCCAGAGAUGACCAUGGUAUGGCCAUCGGCGUUGCAGAUUCGAAAGACUCACCAGAGAGGGUUCAUGGCCAUGAGCGAGCGCGAUCCAUGGAUGUCGUUGAAGUGACCAUGGGUCUCGGUGGUCUCGGGAUCACCACAACAAGCCCGAAACUGGAAAACUCAGCGCGAGCAGCACAGAAAGAUUCGGUAACAUUCGAUGACAACGAGCUAUACUUUGAUGACGGCGAGUUUGGCAAUGCUGCAGCCAACGACUCAACUGCAGGAGGCUUCAAUGAGGAACUGCUGGACGACGAGACCGCCAUCCGCGAUAUUCCUGCAGAGAAUCGGCGCAGGUACGAGGUGGCGAAGCAAGCUGCAGGACCCAACGGUGAAGUGCAAGUGGCUCCCAAGGCUGAUAGUGCGGCUUCGCAGGGACCUGCCUUUAGUUCGGACGACGACGAGCGGGUUAGAUGCCUACGCGGUAGCAGCGCUUCGGGGUCGAUCGUUGCUGGGCUAACCGAAGGCAAUCUUGCAGCGUACCAUGACGCACUAGCCAAUGCGGCAAAUGUAGCGGCAGCCAACGGCAAGUUCAACCGCGUCAGCUUCAGCCAGGAUUCAGAAGACGAAUCACAGCCCGGAGUCAUCGCUGAUGAGAGCCGGUUCAGCAAUAACUUUGGAGGAUCUGGCAUCGCCUACGACGACGGCUUCCCGUUCGACGACGACGACAUGGACGACGAGAUGAUGAUUGCAGCAGCGAAUGCUGAAGCGCUCGAGAACGAUGACGAUGGUUUCUACGGGCAAGAAUUCGGCUUCUACGCUCGGGCGCGCAACAAGGACGAGUCGGACAUGGUCAGUGGAGGGUUCUUCGCUCCACGAGGCUCCAACGGCGUCAAACGAAGCCACAGCGGGCGAGGAAAUUUCCAAGAGCCCAGCUUGACGCCCAUCACAGAACGCAGCGAAUGGAGCACCCGUAACUCGGUGGCUUCAUUACAGAUACCGGGAGGAAUCCCGGGUUCUGCUCAGUCAUUACCAAGUCCUGGAAUUGCGCAGUUGCUGGAGCGAGACUCGCCGGGUCACGAGGAUGAUAUGACGCUCUCUGCAUUGAUGAAGCUCCGAAGAGGGGCAUUUGGUGGCAGUUCUACGAGCGUCAGCAGUUUGGGAGCUAAUCACGCCGUAAGCUCACCGCUUUCACAGCAUUAUCCACACCCCUUUUCACCACAAGAGGCGAGUCACAGCAGGAUGGGAUCGUCUAUCCACAACGUCAACGUAGCUGCGGGGAUCCUCGAAUCAGAAGAGGAAGACGAUUAUCUGGCCGCGGAUGAGCCUACGCUGACCCAAAAUACACCCAUGAAGAAGACGGUGGAGCCAACGCCACCUCAGGACAACCGAGCAAUGUCGCCGGUUCUGGGCUCGGGUGGCAGCAGGAAGAGCAACCAUAGUCGGGCAAGCAGUGGUGCAGAAAGCGUCAGCUACGCGCGUGACCCAGGGGGUAGAUGGGUAUUGGAAAGGAGGUACACGGGCGAAGACGGCGGGAUGGAGAUCGACCGUGAAUAUUUGGCGGUGGGUUCUAGGAUAUGA